AUGUCGUCACCUCCCCCAGUACCGAUAGCUGACUCUGAUAUUCACCUGCUGGGAAUGACUUUCGGUGCAGUUUACAUUGGUGUUAUCAUAGGAGCCAUUUUCUAUGGGAUAACCAUUGUGCAGACCGCCAUCUACUACAAGCACAUUCUCGAUACACUUCACGUUGUGACAAGCACUUAUGUCUUAUACUUUUAUCUGGUCGAAUCGUUCGGGAAUUGGCAUUCUCUGUUCAGGACGGUAUGGAGUUUUCCGUUGCAACUUAUAUUCAAUUUGUUAAUUGUCGUCGGCGUCCAAGCCUUAUAUGCCUUUAGGAUAUGGAAAUUUGGUCGUAACUUCCAUGCGGUCCUUCCAUAUUUCAUUACAUCUUUGGAAUCUCGCCCACAGUUUCUUGCUGUCGCUGCUUCUCUCGCCACUGGAAUCUAUGUUCUUAUGAUUUAUACACCGUCCCAAGCCUUUUUGACAUCCCGACCAUCAGCGUAG